AUGCAAUUAUCUAUAAAUAUUGAAUUACUUGAUGGUUGGACCAAACAUCAUUUCUAUAGAACCAGCUACUAAACCAUGAAGAAUUAAGAUUAAAUCCUCCUUAAGAAUUCAGCCAUUCCUGGUUACUCUGGACAUAUUCCAUAUACCAAAUCAGAAAAUAUUUUUGGCAGGCCUUUUUCAGCAAUCACAAGAGAGGCUUUCAGUCAUGUUCCUAUCACUAAUGAAAAGUGGAAUACUUCCACUAAGGUUUAAUUUAAGAAUCCGAAAACUUUGGUUUCACCCACCCAUCGCCAAACCGAAAAAGUAUUAAAAAACAAGAAGUUUCAAAAUUCUGGUUUCCUAUAAAAUAACAGUACUGGCGAUCAAAAAGGGUGGAAAACUCACAAGAGUAUUAGAGGGAAUAACAAAGUUACAGAAUAUAGAUAUGCUUAUGAUUCUAAAUAUGAAAGAAAAUUAUGA